CUUCUCUUUCUCUCUCCUCUUUCAUUUCCCCAUCAUUCCCUUUUCCCUUUCUUUACUCAUCAUUUCAUCUUUCUUCCUACGCUAAUCACCCCCAAUUUCGAUACCCUUUAAUACCCAGAAAGAAUCCCAAUUUAAUCAGUCCAUAAACUCUGAUUUUUGAUCAUGGGAAAUUGUUUUACAAAGCAUAAUAACAAAUGUCUAGUAGAAAUUGCACCAGCAGAGGAUUUAGCUGGUGGGAAACCAAUCCCACCAAUUGUAUUUCUAUAUGGUGAUCCAAGUAACUCUGCUACUCAAUACCUACGUUUCGCUCUUCUCUUCAAACCACUCUCGCUUCGUUUCGUCCCUCGGGCUGAAACCCCGGAGUUUACAGUCCGUUUCGUUACCGAUGAGCCGGUUUCGGGACCGUCUGAGAUGAUAUUAGAGUAUAUUGAAUCGAAGCUUCCUCGUCCUGCUCUGUUUAAACGAGUGAGAAAUGGGUUGGUGGAGGGUGGUUGGGAAGAGGAGGAUAAAACGGCGGCGUUUUGGGUGGUGGUGAGAAUGGUUGUGCUUCAGCAUAAGAGUAUGAAGUGGCAUUUGGAGAGGGUGGUGAGGUGGGGGUUGGAUCUUUCGACACGUGGUGGAGUAGGAGCCGUUGAUCCGAGUGUUGGGACUCCGAAAAUGGAGGUGAGUAAGUUAGGGAAGAGUUAUGGAAAGUUGCUUGAGGUAUUGCUUGAGCAUGCUCAGAUGGAGGAGCGCAUUCUUUUUCCUAUUUUACAAGCUUCUGAUCCAGGGGUAUGUAGAUGUGUGACUGAGGAACAUGCAAGGGACCUGCCUGUAAUGAAUGGAAUAAAAGAAGAUAUCAAAUCCGUGGGAGUUCUGAAUGUUGGUACUUCUAUCCAUAGGGAGGCCUUGUGUAGCCUUACUGCUCGACUGCAAACAUUGCAGGAGAACUGUAGCCAACAUUUUAAUGAAGAAGAGAAAAAUCUGUUACCACUGAUGGAGGCAGCUGAUUUGACCAAGCAUCGACAAAGAAAAAUUGUUGAACAGAGUAUUAGUGUGAUGCAAGGGACUCAUUCUCACUUAUUCCGCUUUUUUAUCGAUGGAUUACUUCCUCAUGAAGCGAUGGAGUACUUGGAUUUGGUGAUGAGCUGCACUGACGAGGAAACAACAGCCUCCAUGCUAAGUGUACUUGUUGACUGAACUGCAGGAAAAAAACCAUACAGAGAAUGGAUUUGUGCAGAACAUAAGAACAGGCCAUGGCAGUGGUGAAGGAGGUAGUGGUCGUGGAGGCAGUGCAGGGGAUGUACAACAGGGAAGACCGCUCAAUGGAGCUGGUAAUGUCAAUAGUCGUAAUCACCAACGCCAUGGAGCAGGUGUCCACACUUCCAACUGCAACUUCAGCAUGCUAAUAGUGUUCAUCAGUCUUUCUCAGGUUUUAUUAUGUUUAUUGUGAGCUUGAAAUAAACAUUAAUGCUCGGCUGUAAACAAAGAAAAGGCGUUCCAUUGGCAGGUUGAUUCUUAAAAACUUCGACUUCUGUAAUUUAGCAUUUGGCAAGGCAGUGAAUGUAUAGGUUUCCAACUCCCCUUGGACCGAACUUAAAGCUCAAUCCAUCCAAUUCGAGACAUUAACAAUAAGCAAGAAUCUGAGGAUAAUACUAAUUAAGCUAACUAUACGUGUUUAAACAGACUUUUUAAAUCACAGAGCCAAGUAUAAUAUAACAAGACUAAUUGGCAAAAAUGAAUUAAAUUGAGCUUACAUUAGUUAAAAAUAACGAAAUAGAGUAGCUUUCCUGUUGGAUCAUGAUUUAUUGUAUGAAUGCCCGAGUUUCCAUUGUUAUUUUGCCUCUGUCCUCAGGCAAUCAGAUAAUUAGAUUAAAUUAUCUGUCGGCUUCUGUCCUUGCAAUUGGUAAAGAUGGCCUAGAAUAAUUAGUAGUUGCUGUAGGCAAUUUAGAGGCACCAAGGGCCUGAUAGUUUCGCAACUAUGGUGGUCUACGCAUUGAGGUCAUUCUUAGAGCUUACUUUGGCUUGGGACAUUGACACAUCGAGGUCAUUACUUCAGUAUGCGAUUGGUGCCCUGUAGCUAUCAAAGAGACUCUGUGUUAUCCCAGUUCGCACCCCUGUGUUGAUUGUUUUUGCUCGUGUAGACUUAAACAUUGUCUCCAGAUAUAUUAUUUCAUUGAAGUGUUUAGUUUACAGAUAUAUUGAAACAAAUUUGCGACUUAAUAAAUUAA